CGCAUUCUCCUCUUGAAAUUUCAAUGGUCUUCUCUUUUUACUAAUUUUUUCUGUAGCGCUUUCGUUGUGGGCUUCGAUCAGAUCCACUAGCUAGCUAAGUAUACACUGAAAGAUCAACUCUUUUUCUCAAACAUUCUCUUUUUCUUGUUCAAAGUUUUCGUUCUUUCGUUUUCUCUAGUCGCGACCUCAAGAUGCUCGCUCCAAGAGUAAGAUUGUGAUACUGCUUUUUUGACUUUGGCCAAGUUAUUUUUUUUCUUCGUUCCACUUUCCUUGUUGGUUUCCUCCUCUGACCUGAGAGGUAAACCCAAGAACGCGAUGGAGAUGGUUUUUCUUCGUUGUUGUUGUGUUGCGCUUACUGGUUCCAACUUCGCCAUCCCUGGCGGCCCCAUUUCAUCGCCAUCGCCAUAGCCACGACUCUCUCUCUCUCUCUCUCUCUAUUAGCGUGUUUUUGUUUGUGGCCCUCGGCGCCCCUGUACAAAAUGCUCGUGCGUCUCCAGACGACGAGUGCGAGUAAGUCUUUCCAACAAACGCAAUUAAAAUCGAUAGAAAAGUGUGAAAACUAAUCCCCUCGCCCACAGUCCUUUCCAGCGUUCGUGUUUAGCUGCGCAGUAUUCUUGACACGGUCACUACGUUUUCUUUCCAUCUCUAUUUAUCCUUUUUUGUUUCCAGGAGUGCCGUGGGCGAGCAAACUAGAGGUAAACCGAGUAGUAUCAGAUCUCAGCCAGAGCUCGAAUUGGGAGAGGAAAGAAACUUGGGGGAAAUUGUAGCAGCAGCAGCAGUAGCUUCAGCUAGAUCUCUCGCUCUCUUUCUCUCUGUUCGAGAGAACGGACGAACGAGAGGUAGAGGUCUCUCACUCUCACAGCUAUGGCAACCAAGAUGGAUCCUCCAAAUGGCUACUGCCCUCCAGACAAGCACUACUACAUGCUGUGGCACAGCUUGUUUGAGAUCGACACCAAGUAUGUUCCAAUUCGUCCGCUGGGGAAGGGAGCGUAUGGAGUGGUGUGCUCGGCCGAUAAUCUGGAGACCGGGGACAAGGUUGCCAUAAAGAAGAUUGGGAAUGCGUUCGAGAACUCCAUCGACGCGCUGAGAACUUUGCGGGAGAUGCGACUGCUGCGGUACUUGCAGCACGAAAACGUGGUGGGGCUGCUGGAUAUCAUGAAACCCGUCGGGAGAUACACUUUCAACGAUGUCUACCUGGUUUACGAGCUCAUGGACACGGAUUUGCACCAGAUCAUCCGCUCCUCGCAGCCCCUCACGGACGAGCACUACCAGUUCUUUAUCUAUCAGCUGCUUCGUGGUCUCAAGUACAUCCACUCGGCCAACGUUCUCCACCGCGACUUAAAGCCCGGCAACUUACUCCUCAACGCAAACUGCGAUCUCAAGAUCGCCGACUUCGGCCUGGCGAGAACCGGGCGAGAGAAAGGCCAGUUCAUGACCGAGUACGUCGUCACUCGCUGGUACCGCGCUCCGGAACUCCUCCUCUCGUGCGAGGACUACACCAGCGCCAUUGACAUCUGGUCCGUGGGAUGCAUCUUCGCCGAGCUCCUGGGGAGAAAGCCGAUCUUCCCAGGCAAGAACUACAUCAACCAGCUCAAGCUCAUCAUCGACGUGAUCGGAUCGCCCAAGGAGAGCCAGCUCGGGUUCAUCAGCAAUCACAAAGCUCGAAGUUACAUCCGCUCCUUGCCGCCAACGCCGAGAGUUCCAUUGUCUCGCCUCUAUCCACACGCGAAUCCGCAGGCGUUGCAGCUCAUCGAGAGGAUGCUUGCCUUCGAUCCAAAGGAGCGGAUCACCGUGUCGGAGGCGCUGGAUCAUCCGUACUUCAAUCUGGUUCACGACAAUCACGCUGGAGAUGUCUACCAGUUUCGUCCGGACAAUAUCAUCCCUCCGGAUGUCAUGGAGGAUCAAAUGGUCGACACGAGCAGUAACUUGCGGGAGUAUGUGUGGAGGGAGAUGUGCUACUACCACCCCCAGGCGAUCAACGAGAUGUGAUCAAUAUCAUUUCUUAUACAUAUAUUGAUUCAUUUUAUUAAGAUUGUAUCAUAUCCUCGGCGAAGAAAUAAAACCUUCGGUUUGAUUUCCUCGAA